UUUUGUUAUCAAUGGCGGCAAACUAAAAACUAAUGUCAACUGUAUACUUAAUUUAACUUGUUUUUGAACUUUGUAUAAAGAAGAAUCCUAACAUCCACAGUCGCCAUGUUUAAUCCGAAACAAAAUUCUGUACAUAGCGACCUUGACUUUCACGUAGUUACAGAAGUUUACAUGUGUUUGCGAGGCAAUAAGGACAAUUUUACUGACUUUACAGUCAACAUUGGCGACUUCCAGUUCAACUGUCACAAAUUUGUCCUAAGUUCCUGCUCUGGUUUCUUUGAGGCUCUCAUGAGGACAGAUAUGAGAGAAAAAUCUGAAUCAAGCUGUACCAUAGAGGGCAUCUCACCGGAAAUAUUUGGAUUCAUACUGGAUUUUAUCUAUGAAGGGAGAAAUGUUCUAAAUGGCGAUAAUAUCCUUGCCAUAUGGCAUGCUUCAAACCAACUGCAGAUUACAUUUUUAGUUUUAUUAUGUGAACACUUUGUAAAAGAAAAUGUAAAUUUACAAAACUACUGGGAUAUACUUAUAACUGCUCAGCUGUUGGACUCUUUAGAUGUAAUAUGUAGAGUUAGACUGUUUAUGGUGAAGAAUGUUCAGAAGAUUUUAGAAUCAGACGCCUUCGUUCAACUCUCUUUUGACGAUUUUAAAUACAUUUUAAAUCACUGUAGGUACCAGUAUUAUAGAACUGAUUUUUUCGUGCAAUCAGUUUUAAAAUGGACAUGUUCAGAUGACGACUAUCUCACAGAUGAGUCGAAGAAAUGUUCCAGCAUGAUUCACUCGCCAGAGACAGAAACUGAUUCACUAAAAUUAAAAUGUAGAAAGGUGAACUCUACAACUGAUCAACGGGGGGAUUUAACGUCCAGAAGAUCAUACCUUGGUCAAUUACUUGCAUUAAUUUCUCUCCAGAGAACAAGCAACGAGUGCCUAGCCAAACUUAUGAACAAUAAAUUUGUCAUCGAAAAUGUACAAGCCAUGACUAUUGUUAACAAAAUCGCUGCCACAAGAUUCUGUCCCUCAAUAUUUGGUUCCAAAAAAAUUAGUCCCACAAAUUCAGAAAUGAUUAUUCAAGGGUCCAUAUCAAUUUCACAUUCAUCAGAAUCAGACUCGGAGGUUGAAUCCGAUAAAACCACAGAUUCUGAAUCUGAUGAAAUCAGAGAUAUUUUUCCCAGCCACGCCAAUGGUCAAGAUCAAACUACGAUCCCUAGUAGUUUUAAUAGAUCCAGUGAAAAUUUUCUACUUUCCAUGGGUUCUAUGCUAACUUUAGUACUUUUCUAUGCAUUUUUCUGUUUAUUACUGUCGAUUUAUCAUUUUUGUUUUGAAACUAGGUAACAUGUCUGAACUACAAACACACCCUCAUCUUAAAACAAGCGAUCUGUUUCUACAAGCAUAUGGUAAUCACAAGAGCUGCCAUUCAACACAAUUACAUUCAAUACUACAUGUCUGAAUUACACCAACGUUUUAAUUCAACUUCAUUAUCGAUUUUGAUUGUAGCACUGAACAUAUGCUUACGUUGUUUGUAUUUUGUUUAAUUAGAGGUAGGCCGUUGGUCAGUUUUAAGUUUAUCUCGAGGCCAUUUUAAAACACACACAUUUUACCAAUACCAAUACCUUUAGGUAAAUGAAAAAAAAACAACUUUUGAUUUUAUUUAUUUUAGCUCUUUUAUACAUUUUGUUUCGUUUGUUUUCUAAUAAAUAUAAACUAAUUGUGUCGUAUUCUGCUGUAAUAGAUUGACGUCAAGU